AUGGGCUCUCCGUACAGAGAUGAGAUCACUCUGGGGAUCUUACAGCUGCAGGAGAGCAACAGACUGGAGAUCAUGAAAAGACGCUGGUGGGAGGGAGGACAGUGUCCCAAAGAGGAGGACCACCGAGCCAAAGGUCUCGGCAUGGAGAACAUCGGUGGGAUUUUCGUGGUCCUGAUCUGCGGCCUCAUCAUCGCCGUCUUUGUGGCCAUCAUGGAGUUUGUGUGGGCGACGCGCCGCACCGCCGAGACGGACGAGGUAAACCUUCAUCAUCACCCUCCUCCUCUUCCUCUCUCGUCCUCCUCCUCCUGCCCUGCCCCCGGCCUCAACCUCAGCUCAAACACCUCAGUAGGUCAUCCGCCUGUGCGUCUGUCUGUCCAUGUCUCCGUUUGUCAGGAGAUGCUAACAGAGUUUCGAAACGCUGUCUCCUGUAAGAAGAGCUCUCGCUCUCGACGCCGCCGGCCUCUGAGCAGUGCUGGGGGCGGAGUCCUGCGUCACCCGUCUCGUCUGGCUCUGGCCACCCCGCGUCCCAUCCGCCUGGUCCGCGAGAUGCGUCUCAGUAACGGCAAACUUUACAGCGGCGCUGGUUCGCUGACCGGAGGGUUAGGGGGAGGUCUGGCAGGAGGCCCUGAUUUGGGCCCGGGGCCACAGAGGCUCCUGGAGGACCCACUUGGCGCCAACGCCACCACCAGCACGCCUCCUCCCCCUCCUCCGGCGUCGGCUCUGGUGGCCCCUCCCGCCCCGCUGCGCAGCUUCCUGCAGGGCUGCAGCCAUGUGCGAAUCUGCCAGGAGUGCCGGCGGAUCCAGAGCCUAAGGCCGGCAACGCUCACGCCUCCCCCGCCUCCUCCACCCUCCUCGUCCUCCUCCGCCUCCUCCUGCUCCCGGAUCCCUCCCUCUGUGGUGACGCCUGGGCACCACCUCCGCCACAACCCCCAUCACCACCUCCACUACCACCACGGCUCCAUGUCGCUGCCCCGCCUCCCGCCGCCACCUCCUCCGAUCCCAGCAGACAGAGCCGACAGCGACGGGGGCGGGGGCACGACGAGCCCGCGACGAUCUAGUACCAAACCGCCACCACCGCCUCGGCCACUGCCUCCACCGAAGACGCCAACGCGGCCACCGACAGAUUUAUUGUCAGGGCACAACUGA